GCCUUGCACCGCAAGGAGAAGCCCGUCCCGCGCCGCAGCCGCACGCCUCCUUUGACCCGACGCGCGCCAUAUAUGGCGACUCCGUAGCCCAUCCGUUGCAAGCUCACACUGAACCACUCAUCACUCGCCGCGAACAGCGCCGCCCCGCUCCAUGGCCUUGUCGCCGUCCGCGGCGAUGGCGGCGAGUGGGCGAUACUACGACGACGGCGGCGGCGGCGGCGGCGGGGACGUGCCCUUGUUCUUCCUCCGCUCGGUAUUUCUCCACGGGGUCGGCGCCGUGGUGCACCUUCUCGUGGCCGUCGCGGUCGCCGGGCGGAUGGUGGUGUUGUGCUGGUUCCGCCGCGGCAAGGAUGGGGAGGUGGGGGGAGGAGGAGGUGGAGGUGGGGGUGGGGGUGGGUUGAGGUGGUACGGGGUCGCGGCAUCCGCGACGUGGUUUCUCGGGGUGUUCGGGCUCGUCCUUGCGGGGUACGUGGGGUACCUGGGCGGUGGUGGUGGUGCCGGGUGGUCGCGUGGCGCGGCGGUGGAGGAGGCGGACGCCGUGGCGCGCGCGGUGGCGUGGCUGCUGCUCGCGGCGUACCUGCAGUUCCAGUUCGGGCGGCGCCGCGAGGAGCGGUUCCCGGCGUCGCUGCGGCUCUGGUGGGCGCUCUUCCUGUUCAUCUCCGUCUAUGCCGUCGCCGUCCACGCCGUGAUGAGUCUCGAUGGGCUUCCCGUGCUCCCGCAUUCGUGGGCGCUCGACGCCACCUCGGGCCUCGCGGCCGUGGUGCUGCUCCUCGCCGGGUUCCUCGGCAAGAGGGAGCUGGGCGGCUCUGCUGUCGAGGAGCCUCUGCUGAAUGGUGCAAGUGAGACGGCCGGUGAGAACAACAGUAACAAUUGCGACGCUGAUGCGUCGAUGUUCACCGGCGCCGGCUUCCUCAGCGUGCUGACUUUCUCGUGGAUGGGACCCCUCCUCGCCGUCGGACACAGGAAGACCCUUGACCUCGACGACGUCCCGGGCCUCGACCCCGGCGACAGCGUCGCCGGUCUGCUCCCAUCGUUCAAGUCCAACCUCGAGGCGCUCGCUGGCGACGACUCCGGCAGGAAGGUCACGGCGUUCAAGCUCACCAAGGCGCUGGUGCGCACCGUGUGGUGGCACGUCGCAGUGACCGCGUUCUACGCGCUGGUGUACAACGUCGCCACGUACGUCGGCCCAUACCUCAUUGACUCGCUCGUGCAAUACCUCAACGGCGACGAGCGAUACGCGAGUAAGGGGCAGCUCCUUGUCCUUGCCUUCAUUGUCGCCAAGGUGUUUGAGUGUUUGUCGCAGAGGCACUGGUUCUUCCGGCUGCAGCAGGCCGGCAUACGCGCGCGGUCAGUGCUCGUCGCCGUUGUCUACCAGAAGGGGCUCGUGCUGUCCAGCCAAUCCAGGCAGAGCCGCACGAGCGGCGAGAUGAUCAACAUCAUCAGUGUGGAUGCCGACCGUGUCGGUCUCUUCUCAUGGUACAUGCACGACCUCUGGUUGGUGCCACUCCAAGUGGGCAUGGCAUUGUUCAUCCUGUACUCCACCCUUGGGCUUGCCUCGCUUGCUGCGCUUGGUGCCACCGUUGUCGUCAUGCUUGCCAAUGUUCCUCCAGGGCAAAUGCAGGAAAAGUUCCAGCAGAAGCUGAUGGACUGCAAGGACGUCAGGAUGAAAGCAACAUCGGAGAUCCUGCGCAACAUGAGGAUUCUUAAACUGCAGGGGUGGGAGAUGAAGUUCUUGUCCAAGAUCAUUGACCUGAGGAAGACAGAGACGAACUGGCUCAAGAAAUAUCUUUACACAUCAACCAUUGUUACCUUCGUGUUCUGGGGAGCCCCAACCUUUGUGGCAGUGGUGACCUUCAUAGCUUGCAUGCUCAUGGGUAUCCCACUGGAGUCAGGGAAGGUGCUAUCUGCACUGGCCACAUUCCGUGUGCUGCAAGAACCAAUAUACAAUCUCCCCGACACGAUAUCAAUGUUGAUCCAGACCAAGGUGUCUCUUGACAGGAUAGCAUCCUUUUUAUGCCUCGAGGAGUUGCCGACUAAUGCAGUGGAGAAACUUCCAAAUGGUAGCUCAGAUGUUGCAAUUGAGGUCAGAAAUGGGUGCUUUUCCUGGGAGGCCUCGUCUGAAGUGCCAACAUUGAAGGAUCUGAACUUUCAGGCUCGACAAGGCAUGCGUAUUGCAGUCUGUGGGACUGUUGGCUCUGGAAAAUCAAGUUUGCUGUCCUGCAUUCUUGGUGAGAUCCCAAAGCUAUCAGGAGAGGUCAAGACUUGUGGGACGAUGGCAUAUGUGAGCCAAUCGGCAUGGAUACAGAGUGGUAAGAUUCAGGACAAUAUACUGUUUGGCAAGCAUAUGGAUAAUGAGAAGUAUGACAGGGUCCUCGAGUCUUGUUCACUGAAGAAAGACUUGGAAAUCUUGCCAUUCGGUGAUCAAACUGUCAUUGGAGAGAGAGGCAUCAACCUUAGUGGUGGUCAGAAGCAAAGGAUUCAGAUAGCCCGUGCUCUGUAUCAGGACGCAGAUAUCUAUUUGUUUGAUGACCCUUUCAGUGCAGUCGAUGCUCAUACAGGAUCCCACUUGUUCAAGGAAUGCUUGCUUGGGGCUUUGGCUUCAAAAACAGUUGUUUAUGUCACUCAUCAGAUUGAAUUCCUACCUGCUGCUGAUCUUAUUCUGGUCAUGAAAGGUGGGAGAAUAGCACAAGCAGGCAAAUACGAAGAAAUACUUGGAUCAGGGGAAGAGUUCAUGGAACUGGUUGGUGCUCAUAAGGAUGCUCUUGCAGCAUUGGACACGAUAGAUGUCACAAAUGUAGACAAUGAGGCUUCCUCUUCUAGUAAGAUAGCAAACAUGUCCAGGUCAGCAUCAGUUGAGAAGAAAGAUAAACAGAAUGGAAAAGAAGAUGAUGUCAGUGCUCAAAGUGGGCAGUUGGUGCAGGAAGAAGAAAGGGAGAAAGGAAGGGUGGGGUUUUGGGUCUAUUGGAAGUACCUCACCUUAGCUUACAGGGGGGCUCUUGUACCAUUCAUCUUGCUGGCUCAAAUGCUUUUCCAAGUACUUCAGAUUGGUAGCAAUUACUGGAUGGCCUGGGCUGCUCCUGUGUCAAAGGACGUUGAGCCUCCAGUAAGCAUGUCAACACUGAUCUAUGUCUAUGUCAUACUGGCUUUUGGAAGCUCACUGUGCAUCCUCGUAAGAGCACUCAUUCUUGUCACAGCUGCAUACAAGACAGCAACUCUAUUGUUCAACAAGAUGCAUAUGUCUAUAUUCAGAGCUCCUAUGUCAUUCUUCGAUUCCACUCCUAGUGGCCGCAUUCUGAAUAGAGCUUCAACUGAUCAAAGCGAAGUGGACACCAACAUUGCUUACCAGAUGGGAUCUGUUGCAUUUUCCAUCAUACAACUUGUUGGAAUUAUUGCUGUGAUGUCUCAGGUUGCAUGGCAGGUUUUUGUUGUUUUUAUUCCUGUAAUUGCUGCCUGCUUCUGGUAUCAGCGCUACUACAUUGAUACAGCCAGGGAGUUGCAAAGACUUGUAGGGGUUUGCAAAGCUCCCAUCAUACAACAUUUUGCAGAAUCAAUAACAGGAUCAACAACUAUCAGAAGUUUUGGCAAAGAAAACCAGUUCGUAUCAACUAAUAGCCAUCUAAUGGAUGCAUUUUCUAGACCGAAAUUUUAUAAUGCUGCAGCAAUGGAAUGGCUUUGCUUCCGCCUGGAUACGCUGUCAUCCGUUACGUUUGCCUUCUCUUUGAUAUUCUUGGUCAAUCUUCCGACUGGUCUCAUCGAUCCAGGAAUUUCUGGUCUGGCAGUCACAUACGGGCUUAAUCUGAACAUGCUGCAGGCAUGGGUUGUAUGGAGCAUGUGCAAUCUUGAGAACAAGAUCAUAUCAGUAGAGAGAAUUCUUCAAUACAUGAGCAUUCCUGCAGAGCCCCCUCUUUCUGUACAAGACGAUAAAUUAACACAGGACUGGCCAUCGAAAGGAGAAAUUAUGCUCAAUAAUCUCCACGUGAGAUAUGCUCCGCACUUACCCUUUGUUCUCAAGGGCCUCACUGUCACAUUUCCUGGAGGCAUGAAGACCGGUAUUGUUGGAAGAACCGGCAGUGGUAAAUCGACUCUCAUUCAGGCCCUUUUCCGUAUUGUAGACCCUUCCAAUGGUCAGAUACUCGUAGACAAUAUCGACAUCUGCACAAUUGGCCUACAUGAUCUGAGAUCUAGGUUAAGUAUUAUCCCGCAAGAACCAACCAUGUUCGAGGGGACUGUGAGAAGCAACCUCGAUCCUCUUGGAGAGUACACCGACGGUCAAAUCUGGGAGGCCUUGGAUUGCUGUCAGCUGGGAGAUGAAGUCCGGAGGAAGGAGCUGCAACUCGACUCACCAGUGAUAGAGAACGGUGAGAACUGGAGCGUGGGUCAGCGUCAGCUGGUGUGCCUUGGGAGGGUGAUCCUGAAACGGAGCAAGAUCCUGGUGCUCGACGAGGCCACUGCCUCCGUCGACACCGCCACAGACAACUUGAUCCAGAAAACACUAAGGCAGCAGUUCUCCGACGCGACGGUCAUCACGAUCGCGCACCGGAUCACCUCUGUCCUCGACAGCGACAUGGUCUUGCUCCUUGACAAUGGUGUGGCCGUGGAGCGCGACACGCCGACGAGGCUACUGGAGGACAAGGCGUCUCUCUUCUCCAAGCUCGUAGCGGAAUACACGAUGAGAUCGACGCACACGUAGCAGAGAUGGUCAGUGAUCCUUUUGACACGUAUGGCCGUUUGAGGCUAGCUGACACGUCGAUAAUGCCGAAAAAUCACUCACUAGUGGAUGAGAUUUGAAGUACGAGUAGCGAGCUGGAAAGUACCCCCUAAUGUUAGUGGUCAUAAUACAGAUGUGCUAUUUCGCACGAUCUGAACUCUGAAGCUGAUGGUCAAGAAGGGAAAGAUAUUGGUUAGAGGACAACUAGUGGAGUAUUAAAUUAGUGUAUGUCUAAGAAAGUAGUAGUAAGCUGCUGAUCUUAUGGAAACAACCGAAUCAUGAUCAGUGGCAUCAUAGGCAAGUUACUAUUACAUGAAAGGGAAGUAGAACUUACUAGAAUUUUCGCGAUAAUACUGUAACCGAUUGACGGGCAGAGACUGAUGCCCGGUAACAUGUUAAUAAUAAUAAUAAUAAUCUGAAUAAAAUAGUCAA